AACUCAUCUUGAGAACACAUAUAAGUCAGUAACCUCUGGCUAUGGAGAACAUUAUCUCGGGGGAAGGACAUCUAUCACUUCACAGACAUGCUGUGGGUGCUGUUUUUACUACUUAUAUGUGUUCCUAUACUAAUACUCCUCUACUACACUCGCACCAGACAGGAAAAUGAGCCCCCUUUGGACAAAGGUAUUAUACCAUGGUUGGGACACGCACUUGCAUUCCAAAAGGAUGUCGCUAAGUUUUUGUCCCGAAUGAAAGAGAAACACGGGGAUGUCUUUACCGCGUGCGUUGCGGGCCAUUACGUGACGGUGCUGUUAGAUCCGCACUCUUUCGACGGAGUGCUUCAUGACAACAUCCGCCUGGACUUCAGCCGCACCAGACAGCAGCUCAUAAAAAGAGUUUUUGGUCUGCAGUUGCCAGGCAUCGAGCCAGCAGCGGAGAGGAUGUUUAUGGAAACACAUUUUCGAGGUGUCUGCCUGUCUGAGAUGAAUCAUUCCAUAAGCUCUCACCUUCACGAGCUGCUGUUACCAGAUCCGUCCGGCCAAUCGGAAUGGAGACGAGAGGGACUCUUCAGUUUAUGUUACCGCCUCCUCUUCAGAGCCGGCUACCUCACGUUAUUUGACAGCACGCAGGACGUCACUGCAGUCUACAAAGAAUUUCGCAAGUUUGACCAUCUUCUUUCCAAACUGGCUCGCUGCUCACUCAAAGGAGGGGAGAGCCGGGCAGCCCACUCGUCACGGAAGCGACUUUGGGAACUGCUGUCACCAAACAACCAGCACAGCGGCGAGGCCGAGUGGAGGUCCUGGCAGAGGAGCUACCAGCGCUUCCUCCAGAAAGAAGGAGUGGAUGCUGAGAUGCAGAAAAGAGCUCUUUUGCUGCAGCUGUGGACCACACAAUGUAAUGCUGGGCCAGCAGCCUUUUGGCUCCUUGGCUUCCUGCUCACUCACCCUGAGGCCAUGAAGGCGGUCCAGUCAGAGAUGAGAGGUCUUUCUCUGGAGGACAGCUCCCCCCAGCACACCCCCAGCACGGCUCGAGUGAAGAAAGCACACGUUACACCCGUGUUAGACAGCGUUCUGAAAGAGACCCUACGACUCACCGCCGCCGCAAUGAUCAGCAGAGACGUGGUGCAAGACAAGGUCCUGCGCAUGGCCAACGGGGAAGAGUACCGCCUCAGACGUGGGGACAAAGUGUGUCUGUUUCCCUUUCUGAGCCCACAAAUGGACCCGCAGAUUCACCAAGAACCGCAGCUUUUCAAGUAUGACCGCUUCCUAAAUGAAGACCUGACAGCCAAGGAUGAUUUCUACAAGGAUGGCAGAAGGCUGAAGUACUUCACCAUGCCCUGGGGCGCGGGGAGCAAUAUGUGCGUGGGGAAAGACUUUGCCGUGACAACCAUUAAAAAAUUUGUGCUCUUGAUGCUGACCCGUCUGGACCUGGAAGUGUGUGACCCACAGGCUCGAGUGCCGCCCGUCGAUCAGAGCCGCUACGGUUUCGGGAUGCUCCAGCCGGAGGGAGAUCUUCAAGUGCGCUACAGACUAAAGAGAACGACUUCAAGUUAAUUCAGUCAAUGGAUAUUUUAUUUAUAUGUGUAUAUUUAUUUAUUCCACAAUUAUUCCUGUAAAUACAGAUGUAGUUUUUUGUGUUGUUGUCACAUGGUUUCAUUUCAUGUUUGACGUAUUUCAUAACUGACCCCAAAAUACAUUAAAAAAAGUGAAUUAUGCUGUAUAGCAUUCCUGAAAAAAACCCAACACA